UGAUUUGUGAUCCCGAGCAAAGGAAUUCCAGUUCGCUGACCGUCAACGUCGAGGACCUCCAACAAGAAGCCAUGUCUGUCAGGAACCUAUUACUGCUUUCCAAUUCAACUGUCCAUGGAAGUGGCUAUUUGGAAUGGGCGGCUCAGCACAUCCAGGAAUUCCUGAAAAGCAAACAAGUGAAAAAAGUAUUAUUUGUGCCAUAUGCACUACGCACAAUGGACAACUACACAGAGACAGCUCGUAAAAAAUUCACAGCAUGGGGCUUUGAACUGGAUGGUAUACACACUACUGCAGAUCCAGUAGCGGCUGUGAAUGAUGCAGAAGCUAUUUUCAUUGGUGGGGGGAACACUUUUCAACUUCUAAAAGGACUCUAUGAUAACAAAUUGAUUGAACCUAUUAGGAAAAGGGUUCUUCAGGAUGGAGUUCCAUACAUUGGCAGCAGUGCAGGUACAAAUGUGUCAACAGUGAGCAUCAACACUACAAACGACAUGCCUAUCGUCUUCCCACCAAGUUUUGAUGCUCUUGCUCUGGUGCCCUUCAAUAUCAAUCCUCAUUAUAUAGAUGCCAACCCUGGUAGUACUCAUAUGGGGGAGACACGAGAGGAAAGGAUAAACCAGUACCACGAGAUUCCUGGGACACCUGCCGUACUUGGACUUCGUGAAGGAGCUCUCCUGAAAGUGACAGGAGAUUUGGCUCUUCUCAUGGGUCUGCAUCCAGCUCGACUCUUUAGGCCGAGCAAGCAGCCAGAGGAAUUCCCUGUUGGCACAGACUUCUCAUUCCUACUGAAGUGAAGUUUGAGUUAUUAAUAAGUAUAUUUGAAGAAAAUGCAUGUGGUUUCUACAGUUAAUGUCAGUCAGGGAUCUGGUUGUCUCAAAACAUGAAAAUCAAGAACAGCUUUGUCUCCAUGAAUUUUAAUAUAUGCAAGGUUUACAGGCAAAUAGAAUAUGCAUGUGUAAUUCCAGUACUGCACAGGUAAUUGGAAGUGAGUAAGUUAAGGGGUGCUACAAUACCAUAGGUUUGUGGUCUACACAAAAGACACUACUUAUUUGUUGAUAUUUUUAACAUUAACUCCAUGUGUUUGUUAUCAGUUUGUAAGAAAUUAUAUUUUAUGCCUAAUAAAGGAAAAAAGAACA